AUGAAUCCUGAUGAAGAAAGUGUGGAUAAUGCUAGUGAACAUGAAACAGAAAAUACCAAACCAAAAGAGAAGACGGUUGCAGCUAUUUUAAUGCUGACACCAGAGCAGCAAAGCGAUUUACUCGAGGCAUUCAACCUUCUUGAUUACAAAGGCGAUGGUAAAAUUAACGCAGAGGAUUUUCGUGUUGCCAUUAAAGCUUUAGGUUAUGAACCAACCAAAGAAGAACUACAGAAAAUGAUCUCUGCUGUAGAUAAAGGUGAUACUGGAAAGCUUAGCUUUGAAAACUUUCAAACAGCCAUAAUGAGAAAGAUCAUGUCCCAGGAUUGUGAUGGUGAUAUUAUGAAAAGUUUUCGACUCUUUGACAUGGAUGAUACUGGAUUCAUUAGUUUCGACAACGUUAAGAAAGUCACUAAAAUUCUCGGUUGUCCUUUGACCGAUGAAGAGAUAGAAGAAAUGAUAGAUGAUGCUGAUAAAGACUUCGAUGGAUAUAUAAACGUGAACGAGUUCAUGAGGAUGAUAAAGAAUUCAGUAUCUGGUGAAAACAUUGAGGCUAUCUAUGAGAAAAUGGAAAACGAAGAUCUUUCAUCUAAAUGUGAGAACCUUAUGAACAUAGUAGUAGAAUCUCGAAAGAGAUUCGGCAAAACGUGUGUUGACUAUGACCAAAAAAUUCUACUUGUGGAGAAGAAACUAUUGAAUUUACAGAUAGAAACUACAUCUAACUACCGAUUUAAGCCAAAAACCACAGUGCCGAGUCAAGAACCAGAAUCCUCCAAAGAUAUGGAUGACUUUUCAGUCGAAAUCGUUGAUAAACAGAAGCGCAUUGAUGAUUUGAUAAAGAAAUUACAAAAUACUCAUGAAGUUCUUGCACAAUUGGACUCAGAUGGUGUUGGAAAGAAAUUGCGAUUCCCGCUCACGGCAGAGGCCAUAUUGUCAAGAGCAAAGGCUAAGGAAAUGUAG